GGAACUUCCAUAACAGAAUGUCAGAUAUCUGUUACUGAUUGUCCAAGCUUUGUAACUGAUUGUCAAAGCAUUGUAACUGAUUGUCAAAGCUUUGUAACUGAUUGUCAAAGCAUUGUAACUGAUUGUCAAAGCAUUGUAACUGAUUGUCAAAGCGUUGUUACUGAUUGUCAAAGCGUUGUAACUGAUUGUCAAAGCGUUGUAACUGAUUGUCAAAUGUGGUAA